AUGAAUAGCAAACCUUUCGAUCCCAGUCACCUGAUAACCACGACGGUUGGUAACAUUGCAAUGCAACUGAUGACCGGAAACACUUAUGAACUCGACGAUCCUAUAUUCCGUCAGGUGAUGAAACACACGAUGCGAAUCUUCGAGAUAAUUGGUCCUGCAGGACUUCUGUCCACUGUUCAGCUUCUUAGGGCGAUCCCGUCACCUGGAAAGCGACAAUUUGGAGGAAGCAUUCGAUGGGACAGCAGCGAACUUUUCGAUGAAACCAACCUCCUUGGAUCAUGUAUAGAGAUCCUGCUUGGUGGGUUAGAAACGACAUCAACAGUAGUCGUCUGGAUCGUCCAUACGUUGGCUUCCUACCCAGAAGCACAACGUCGAGUCCGUCAGGAGAUUUUACAGGUCAUAGGCAAGGACCGGUUACCAAGGUUUUCGGACCAUAACAGAAUGCCCCUAACCAUGGCGAUCAUUGCAGAAUGCAUGCGUCUUCGACCAGCAGGGCCAUUUCAUAUCGCUCAUAUAGCCUUGGAGGACCUUAAAGUUGGUGCGUACGAUAUCCCGAAGGGCAGCCCUAUUACAUUGAACAUAUGGCAUUUGGCACAAAGUCCCACACUCUGGGAAAAGCCGAAAAGUUUCAGACCGGAGAGGUUCUUGACUGAUGACGGAAAGUUCGAUAGAAAGCACGAGCCGUUCCUUUUCGGAAUAGGUCGUAGGUCAUGUCCUGGGGAAUCGCUGGCCAGAGUAGAAAUAUUUCUGUUCACCACCUUCAUCCUGCAGCGUUUCAAUAUCAGACUGGCUGAGGGCGUCCCAGUAGAUAUCGGAACCCGUGCAUCAGCUACUGUCAGUCCUGAUCCUUAUCAGAUCCAUGCUGUGAAGGCAACUUGA